UUGACUGAAUUCUACAGAAGUGACGCAUGUCAGUGAAUUUUUUAGCUAUAAUACUCAUUUGAAAGUUUCUCUCCACGUAUAACAACCAUAAUUCACUUGUGCAUGAAUGCAGUUCAAAAUGAAAGUUUUGGUUCAUUCAGCAGCUUCACGGUGAUUAACUUCUCUAAAUCCAUCAGGAUGGUUGUGUUGAAGAGUUUACCUCCACCCAGCGAGGGCAUCAGACACCAGCAGGCCGAGACAACAGCAUUCAUGGACGAGAAAAGACUCGGUUCAGGGACCCUGUUUGUAGCAGAGGCGUGUCUGUCUUGGUUUGAUGGGUCAGGAAUGGGUUUCUCUCUUGAAUACACGUCCAUCAAUCUGCAUGCAAUCUCACGAGAUCAGAGUGACUUUCCAGAAGAACACUUGUAUGUGAUGGUGAAUGCCAAACUUGAUGAUGAAAAUGAGGCUGAGAUGCCGGAUAAAGCUCCAGAUGAUGCAAGAGAUGUGGCGAGCGACUGUGACAGUGAAGACUUGGGAACCAUCACAGAGCUUCGCUUUGUGCCCAGUGAUAAAGCCUCAUUGGAGCACCUGUUCUCGGCCAUGUGUGACUGUCAGGCGCUGCACCCUGAUCCUGAGGAUGACGAUUCAGAUGAUGACGAUGAUGAUUUUGAGGGAGAGGAGUAUGAUGUUGAAGGGGCGGAACAAGAGCUUGGUCAUGGAGAUGAACCCGCAUUUUACACCUACGAGGAGGGCUUGUCUCACUUGACGUCUGAUGGUCAGGCCACCCUGGACAGACUGGAGGGGUUGCUCGCCCAGUCAGUUUCACAGCAGUUCCACAUGGCUGGAGUCAGAACUGAAGAGCCAUCAGCCCAGUUUGAAAAUGGAAUGGAGGUCGACUCGAACACAGUUGCUGGGCAGUUUGAGGACGCUGAUGUGGACCACUGAUGGAUUGUGUCUCAUUAUUGCUGAUUAUAGCACUUCAGUGGGGCAUGCUGGGAUACCGGCUGAUUCACAGAACCCAGAAAGCUCUUAUCCCCCACCCCCCCCACCCCCCAGUCAGCACUCUCGCCUGAAUUUAAUGGGCUGUUUUACACCGCAUACGUCUCAUUAAUGUAUUUUGUAGUUUUCCCUGAUGACCAAAUUAAAGAAUUAUUCUUCUCAAUGGAGUGAUGUUAAUGUGUUUGUUAG